GUGACGUCCCUGCCUCUUCCGUUAAGUACCGCGGCCGGGACCUGAGCUCGACACAACAGUCUCAGUCGGCUGUCAAGGAGGAUAUGUAUUUAUGGCGUCACACAUCCUUCCAGGCCGUGCGCUGAUAUGUUGCCUUGCCAUAUCUUGAUGAGAACAAUCACCGCACUAGCGCACUGCGAUCUUGACCGCGGGUCUUCCCACCAGCUCCAGCACGCAUGGUAUAAAUCGUGAAGCGAAGCAUGGCAUCAUCACCGGCAGCAACAGCAGCUACUUCCCAUACUCACGGCUCUCUCUCCUCCUCCUCCUCCUCCUCCUGCUCUCCCUCCUCAUUCUAUGGCCUCUGCAGCCGUCGCGCGCGCACGGGCCCCCUCACUCGACGAUCCCUUCGCCCGGCAUCUCGCCCCUCCGCCGAACGAGACUCCGGACCAGCGCGCGGCCCGCCUGGCUGCGGCGCAGAGAGCCGACUCGGCUUCGCGCCGGAUAGACGAUGAUCUGCUGCAGUCCAAGAAGCUCUGGGACAAGAAGUCCCAGGACGUGAAGAUUCUACUGUUAGGCCAGUCGGAGUCGGGAAAAAGCACCGUUCUCAAAAACUUCCGGCUACGCUUCACGCCGCAAUACUUUGACACCGAACGAGCGGCAUGGCGGAUGGUGGUCUUGCUCAAUCUGAUCGGAUCGCUGCGUGUGAUCGUCGACACGAUCCGCGAGGAGCUCGAGUACCCCGAAUUCAAUCUAGUGUCGGAGCUGCACCAGCAGCGGUGCGCGGAGCUCGACCCGGUGCUGCACGAGGAGCGGAUAGUGAAUGAUCUGAUCUCCGUGUCGUCGCAGGUGCCCGGCGAGGUGACGGUGCGCCCGGGCGGAGAGUGGAAAGCCAUUCUGAGCGGCUCGGAGCCGGCGAAGAACGCAGCGAGUGUCGUGAUCUCGAUGCGUGAUGAGAUGGAAGCACUGUGGGCUGAUACGGCCGUCCGCGAGCUGUUGGGCAAGAAGGACAUCUCCCUCCGGGACGCAGGUGGCUACUUCAUGGAUGACAUCCAGCGCGUUACAGAGUCCGACUACGUUCCUACUGAUUCUGACAUCUUACGUGCUCGAAUAAAGACGAUGGGGAUUGAGGAGCACUUUUUCGAAAAGGAGAAAGCGCUAGGUUCGAAGGGAGUCAAAGACUUCUGGAUCUACGACGUGCCAGGUUCAAGGGGAAGCCGUGCUGUGUGGAUCCCGUUCUUUGAUCAAGUGCAAGCCCUCGUCUUUCUGACACCACUCUCAUUUUACGAAGUCCUGGAAGAGGACGUUGGGGUCAACCGACUUGAAGACAGCGUCAUCCUCUGGAAAGAUAUCUGCAGCAAUAAGCUGCUCGAACACUGCCAGAUCAUUCUAUUUUUUAACAAGAUGGACAUCCUUAAGACGAAAUUACGUGGAGGGUUGAUCAUCAAGGACUACGUGCCCAGUUUCGCUGAUCGACCUAACACGUAUGCCGGAGCCAUAUCAUAUUUCAAGGAGAAAUUCAAAGCCUAUCAUAAACGCGGGUCACCGCAACCACGCAGCUUCUUUUUCUAUGAGACGACUGCUGUUGACACCCGAUCUACGGCGAAGAUCAUUGGUGCUGUGCACGAAGAGAUCUUCCGCAGACAUCUUAAGGAUAGCAUUUUGAUCUGAGCAUUGAUUCAUUAAGUAUCGUUCACGUACGUACCCAAGUACGUAUCUACUGUACAUAUACCCUCUACGUUGACGGGUGGCGCAGACAGUUGAUCAGUUGGACACAGUCUCCGCCACGGUUCCGAAACAGCCGGGGAGCAGUCGUGAAUGCAUAGCACGAGUGAAGCAAAACGAGAGGAACCAGCCAUGAGAUUGCAUACACGAGCCCAUCCGAGCUUCCUGAAGAUCGUGCACGUGCAAUCGACAUGAGGAGAGUUGUUUUAUGUAAAGCAAUUUAAUGCCCCGCCGGUCACAGCUGCUCCCCCGCCGGUAUCCAAUACACGCGCCGCAUAGCCGGAAUGAUGGAAGCGGGCUUUGUCAUGAGACCACAUUGGGCGCUUUGCUUCCG